AUGAUUGACGAAAGCUUGAGAUAUUGGGCUCCCGGUGGGUCGAUUAUGCCCGGGGGGCCGAGUACCUGGCAUAUAGUCGAUUGGGAUCAACGACGUACUAUUGCUGUCACCAUGGAUGAAGAACAGGAAGAUGAAUCGAUCUCAAUAGAACACUCAAAGAAGUACAUCAACAAUCUUGGACCCGAUGUAUAUGCCAUCCAUUUAUCACCAGAUGGCAGUUUGGUUUCCACUUCAACUGAUCCCAAAGACGACGCCACAUUUUCCAUGUAUUAUCCUCCUUUUGAGAAAGUCCGCUGGCCUAUAAAAACGAGUGGUGUGUUACGCUCGGAAUUGUUGGAAUUAAAACGACUUGGUGCGAAUGUCGAUCUGGUUUCAUACACGCCGAAGUCAAAAAAAGGCUCCCCACCGGCGAGCCCGAAGAAAGUUGUGUUCAAAUACUACUUUCAUAGUCAAUUUACAUAUGGGUUUUGGAACGAGAUGAACCUGUGGAUGCGACUUUCAGGGGACAGGAAUAUUGUCCCAUUUGACAAUAUUGUGUUAGAUGAAAUAAAACGGGGGGUCGUCAGGUUCACGAGCACAUUCAUCCCUGGCGACACGGUCCAAACGAAUAUGUCCAGGGGAUUCAAGUUGGAAUGGCUACGUCAACUAACUAGGGAUAUUGCUGCGCGGAAUCUUCUUGUUCAUCCCAAAACUGAUAAUCUUCUUCUAUUCGACUUCAACUUUUCGGGGCGGCUUGGUGAAUUUGAUGGCAUGAAAGCUGAAAACGAUAUUAAAGGAGUUGUAUUUACAUUGUACGAGAUAAUCACCUGUGACUACAAGCCCCGGGAGGUUCCACCUCAAGAACAAGACCCAGAAGUAUUACAGAGGCUCGACGAAUGGGUUAAGCACCCGGAUGUAACCCUCGACCAUCCCGUCUCGGAAUAUCGCUCAGUCCUGAAUGAAUGGGCCAAGAAAAGGCAAGAAAGGAAACAGAUUGCUAGAUUUGAUGAAGCAUCGGACCCAAUUUCAAGGCCAAAAAUUCCCGACCCACCCCCAACUGAAGCAAAUUCUGUUGGCUCUUCACAGAUGGAGCGCGUAUGGACCAAUUCGCGUUAUGGUAGGGGUACAGAUCCCAAGGUUAUAGACUGGGAACGGCCGCUAUGGGUUAAACUAGAACCUGAGAGUCGGGUCUUCGCAAAUGGGGAAGUCAAAAUUGCGUCUGAUUUGCAGUUAGAUGAGCAGCAGCUAUCUGAGUGCAUCGGGCAUCCUUAG